GCCACUGCUACGGAGAUAAGAUGCCCAUGGGCUAGCGGGAUGGUUUAUCUCGUCAGAAAUUGAUCGUCCACAUAAAUAUUGACCACCCCAGGCAGCUCACCUCUCAGGCCGUGCGUGCAUGUUAUGUGCCUGGCGCGCCUCAAAUUUCUCGCGUGUAUGUACGACGAUUGCCGCUCUAGGCUCCGUCGACUUGGCCUGGCUGCGUCGGAUUUGCGAGGGAAACAAGAAAAAAAAGAAGUACCUGGCGUAGGACCCCGAAACAAAAUACCUACCCUUCCAAAUAACACGAGGAACCCGGAUUGCAUAAGUCCCUCAUGUACAUAACCACAGACGAGGCCUGGCCCUCUGUACCUACGUCCGUAUAUCGAUGCGCAGCGGGAUGGACGAUGAUGUGGGUCUUCCUUGCUUUGUCUUUUUCUCUCCUCUCCUCCUCUGGGUUCCCGCGGGAGAGGCUCAGACGCGGGAUCCCCUCCUCCACGGGUCGACGUGAUGACGAUGCCUCGGGUGGUGAUGAUGCUAUGUUAUACCUACACCGCAUUCUGGAAAUCUCUUCCGGACCAUGUGGACCGACGCACAUCGACGCGGUUACAAAUGCCCCUGUCCUGAUUGGGCGGCGAUCGGGCCCUCCGACAUACCCUAUGUACCUCCUAACUCCUCCCUCUGCUACACGGGCACUUAGGUACCUAACCUCCUAGCCUACGCACCCCCCCCCCCCCUUCGGUCACAGCGUCGACGUAGGUCGCGGAAUGAGUGCCACCAUGUAUGUAUCUUACCAGACUCCCGGUCUGCUAUCGGGAAUACCGUGAGGGGUGCCCAACGUCUUACAAUACCCGAGAUGGAACGUAUGGAGGCGUGCAAAGUACCGGACAUAUUUGAGUGGGUGGGUGCGACGACUGGCUAGCCGCUGCUACCCAUCCAAAAACGGCAACGAGGGGGGGAGGGGGUGAAGACCUAGAGAGUAUUGAUUGCAUAGUGCCGAUAUAUAUUGAAUGACGCCUCCAUCGAACCCUGCGUAGACGUGUGUCCCUGUAAGGUGGGGACGGAUGGGGUUUUAUAUACACUAAUGCUGACUUGGUGCAUUGGAUAUGGUAUACCUAUAUAUAGUUGUACGUGUAUAUAUAUAUACUAUAUAUACACACUACUUGCCGAUCGCGAAUGGCC